CCAAAUACAGAAUCAAGUCGAAAAAUAAAAAUAUAUGCAAUCGAUCUUCCAACACCUCACAUGUUCAUCUGCCAUCUUCGACACGUACACAAGACGGAAUCCUUCUCAGGCAAUGGCUUCCUUCUCCUGUUCCUCUAGUAGCGUGAUGAGCGUGAUUUUGCUGCUCUUCUCCGUCCUCCUUGCGGCUGCCGAGGCACCUGCGCCUGCGCGGUCGGCCAGCGACCAGAUCAUACUUGCCGCAUGCAAGACCGUCGGCGGCGGGAGCACCUACUUCGACGUCACGUUCUGCCUGGGUGCCCUCGGCUCCGCCGGCAGCGCCGCCGGCUACCAAGACCUCGCCGCCGUCGCCGUGGACCUCCUCGCGACCAACGCCACCAGCACGGAGGCCAAGAUCGAUCGCCUGCUCGGUGGCAGCGGCGUGAAGGUCAAGCCGGGUGACGCCGCCCUGGCGCGGUGCCUCCGGUGGUGCCGGUCGCUGUACGGCGGCAUAGUGGACGACGGGCCUGCGUCCACCGCCGCGGUCAAGGGCGGGAGGUUCGGAGAGGCGACAGCGAUCCUGGAGAAGGCCGCGGCCGCGGCGAAGGAGUGCGAGGGCGGGUUCGAGAAGAGCAAAGCGGCUUCGCCGCUGACGGCGGAGGACGACGACGCGUUCAAGCUCGCAAAGCUCGCCGUCGCGUUGCUCCGUUUUGACGAGAAAUUGGAUAUUUCGCCCCGCUUUACUUCUUCAUUUGAUCAUUCGCCUUCCUGAGAGGCUAUCGGAUGGGGCCCGGAGCCAUUAUCAUUGAGACAAUCAAAGGACAAGUCAUCCAACGCCUUGAAAAAUAGGGCAAAUCAUCCAACUUCUUGAUUAGUUGUUCUAUUUGUA